AGACUUCACUGGAACAGCCACCAUUGUCCCCACACUUGUCUAUAAGGUUAUCUAAACCCACGAGACUCUCUCUCAAAGCAAUUAAGAUGCGUUUGCUAGUCGCAGAAGUAGCUGCAGCUUCACCAUUGUCCUCUGCCUCUUCAGAAUGUAACUCCAAUAGUUGCAGAUGGAAGCCUUACUCCAACUCUACUGACUUCCAAGCAAACGCAUCCGUCCUCCUCAUACUUAUCUUCUCUGCUCUCAUAUGUGCUCUCUCUCUAUGCGCUGCGAUCCGUUGCUUUCUCCGGCCAACAACUCCCGAGACUGACGACAACGACCACAAGUCUGAUCUUGAAGCUGAUAGUUCAUUCACCAUACCAACUCCUACGCUUGUCUACUCCUCAGACCUUGAGCUUGCAGGAGCUGAAGCAGAGUGUGCUAUCUGCUUGUCGGAGUUCGAACAAGGUGAGAGUAUCCAAGUGCUGGAGAAAUGUCAUCAUGGGUUCCAUGUCAAGUGCAUCCACAAGUGGCUAUCUUCCCGCUCCUCCUGUCCUACCUGCCGGACUUCUAUCUUCUUACAAAGCACCUUAGACUCUACACCAUCAACGGAAGCUCCUUCAACAAACUAGAUCAGUGCUUAGAUUUCCUCACUUUAUCUCCCACUUUCUCAUCUUUCUUGUUACCAAAUCUUAGAGUUAUAUCAUGUUUUGCUUAUAGUUUAUAUCAGGUUUUGCUUGAGAUUACUACCCUGAUGAUGUUCUGCAUUAAGUAAAACUAUAAAAAUCAGACAAAUAA